AUGGCGGUCAACUUUAGUGAAAUUCCCAUGGUCGACUACGCGUUGUCUAAGUCCCCAGACACCAUACCACAGUUUUCAGCACAGCUUCGGGAUGCACUCGUCAAGGUGGGAUUUUUCUAUCUCGUAAACCAUCCAAUUCCACCAUCCUUGCAAUGGGACUUGAAAGACCAGUCACGGCAGCUGUUCGAGCUUUCAUCGGAGAAGAAGAACAAAAUCGGGAUGAAGAUAAAUAAACACUUUGUGGGUUACGUGGGGAUGGACGAGUCCACAACUUCCAAUCAUAAGGAUCAUCGAGAAUCAUAUACACUCGGUUAUGAAUGCUCUCCUCCCGGCCCCGAUGAGCCGCAGUAUCGCAACCUGCGAGGGCCUAAUGCGUGGCCUGAUAAGGAGGAUCUUCCGGAUUUCCGGCACACCAUGGAACGCUACAUGGCAGAAGUGAAAAGCUUGGCCGACGAGUUCAAACUGAUGGUCGCCCAGGCGCUGGAUCUGGAGACUACUGAGUUGCUCCAGCUAUUUGACGACAAGCCGUUCGAUCGACUGAUGCUGGCCAAGUACGUCCCGCCCCCAUCAACCUCGGCUGAUCACGCCGCAAAAUGCAGCGAAGCGAAAGAGAUACAGGGCAAAGGCGCCCACAAGGAUGCCAGCUGGCUGACAUUCCUCCUUCCUGGGUCACCACAUGGGGGCCUGGAGGCCAUGAACGCGGCUGGUGACUGGAUUCCGGUGCCUCCCAGGCCGGGCGCUAUGAUCAUCAAUGUAGGAUUGCAGCUGGAGGCCAUGACGGAUGGGGUUUGCAGUGCUGCAUUCCACCGGGUAGUGACUCGACCGCGGGACUUCCUCGAUCACAACGGUAAUGAUCUCGGGCCUCGAUUUUCAUUUGCUCUGUUUCAUAAUAUCAGUCUCGAACUGAGAAAGGAAAAAUGCCUGAACAUUCCCCCGCACAUUGCUGCCCUGGUCACGAAUGACGAGGUGAGGCGGAAUGCACAAAUUUUUCUACGUCGUCUGUUUCAGCGGGGAUGUCCUGGAGAGGGGAUCUUUGCGACCCGUUUGAAGGUGCAUCAACAAGUGACGGAGAAGUGGUAUCCAGACCGUCUCGCCGAGGCACAGGAGCCAGUUGUAGGGCCAGUGUCCAGCUCUCGGUGA